UCCACGUGCGAUAAGUACAUCUUCAUGAUGAUGAAACUUGAUAGCAUGUCCAAGUUGCUGAAAUGUGCUGGGAAAAAUGACAUCAUCACUAUCAAAGCUGAUGGUGGCAGCGACACCGUCACCUUCAUGUUCGAGAGUUCCACACAAGACAAGAUAGCAGACUUUGAGCUGAAGCUGAUGGGUAUUGUCAGUGUGCAUAUAGGUAUACCAGUUCCUGAGUACCACUCAAUUGUGAGAAUGCCCUCUGGUGAAUUUUCCAGGAUAUGCAAAGAUCUAGGUAGUUUCGGUGACACAGUUGUAAUCUCUGUGAUGACAAAAGAAAGGGUGAGGUUUUCAACAGAAAGUGAUAUCGGGACAGCGAACAUUGUACUGAGGCAGAACACAAAUGUGGACAAACCUGAAGAUGCUAUUGUGAUAGAGAUGAACGAGCCUGUUUCGCUUUCAUUUGCAUUGAGGUACAUGAAUCUCUUCACAAAGGCAACUCCAUUGUCAGAAACUGUGACAAUCAGAUUGUCCUCGGAGCUACCAAUCGUGGUGGAGUACAAGGUGGCUGCGAUGGGUUACAUUCGAUACUAUUUGGCGUGUAAGAUUGAAGAAAAAGAAGACACAAAGCCCUAAAACACCUUUGUUUGUGGCUUCUGCAACCUCACGAACUAGUGUUGAUUGAUGUUUCUGGGUGCUUUUACAAUUUGGAAAAAACCUGUUUAACACUCUUUAGUUCUGUUUGUUCUGAAAUUUGGCCAAAAAAACAAAAAAUUUGAACUUUCAAGACACAGAAUUUGUCUGCGUGAGAAA